AUGCCACUCAUCAAACUUCUUCCCCUUCACCGCCACAGCCUCUCCCUUCUCACCCCUUCACACCGCCCGCCGUCAAGUUUCUUAGUUUCACCGGCCGAUCUGAAGCUCAAAACAAACACGUCGAAGAAAAGGUUCGGAACCAACCAAAGGCUGAGAUCAUAUUCUCCAGUUCCGAUUUCUGCCACGUCAGCACCGCUUGAUCUGACAGAGGAUAACAUCAAGCAGGUCUUGGACGAUGCUAGAACCGAGGCAAGCUUUUCUUAUGUUUUGGCGCAGCUCUUUGACGCGUCUGUUAACAUAACAGAAGAGAAUGUUAGAACAGGAAAAGCAGAGCUUGUUGAGUUAGAUGGACCGUAUGUGAAGAUCAGCCUCAGCGGCCGCUUUUGGCAUAAACGUUCAACGGUUUUGGCCAGACUUGGGAACUACUUGAAGCAGAGAAUACCAGAAAUCUUGGAGGUCGAUAUCGAGGAUGAGAAGCAAUUGGACGACAGCCCAGAAAACUUCUGA